GAAAUUUCUUAUUCAUUUACGGUCACGAGAACACACCACAUAUCUACAUAAGGAGCCCUUACUACACUGUCGGCGUGUUCGACAACAACGGGUGUUCGCUGUCAUUUCAAAUGCACACCAACGUAUCGGUGCCCAGUCAAGUGUCGAUAAUGCUAAAGACAGAGAAUUAUACGUCAUUAAUUCAGGAUAAUGUCGAAAACAACUCCCCYAUGGUCUGGGAGAAAAAGAAAGUAUUGUUGGGUCGGCAGACAAGACAAGUUAUAAUUGAAAUAAAUAUCAAGCCUGGAUCACAUGUCGCCAUUGAUGAUAUUAGGCUAGAAGACUGUUUACCAG